UAGGUUUUUAUAAGGAGAGGGAGAGGAUUUUAAGCGAGGCCACGUCUUUUUUACACGCCUCUCAAACCCUUGAAAUUCCAUCCCUCCUUUACCCUUUCGCUCCACACUCUCCAAUCUAGGGUUUUAGCACCCCCUUUCUCUAAAUCACUCUUCUUGCCUUUUUUUCCCCUAGAAGAAUUCUCAAUGAGCAACGAAGGGAUUAACUUCAACAUGGCCGAUCUCGGCGAUGCUCUUAACGAGGAAGCUCGAGCGGGCCUUGUUAACGCUCUCAAGAAUAAGCUUCAGAAUCUUGCUGGGGAGCACACCGAUAUGCUGGAGAAUCUGUCACCGAAUGUCAGGAAGCGUGUGGAGGUUCUCAGGGAGAUCCAGAGCCAACAUGAUGAGUUGGAGGUUAAGUUUUUUGAGGAGAGAGCAGCACUUGAAGCUAAAUAUCAGAAACUAUAUCAACCCCUAUAUGCUAAGCGGUACGAUAUUGUGAAUGGUGUUGGUGAAGCUGAAGGAACUCCAAAUGAAGCAACCAUGGACCAAGGAGAGGAUAAAGCUGCUGAAGGUAUGAUCUUAUUUAUUCUGGUCCUUUUUUGCUCUAUCCCCUCCUCUCUUUCUUUGUGCAUGGUUAUUUAUGCAAUUAUGCUUUAUACAGAGAAAGGAGUGCCUGAUUUUUGGCUUACUGCAAUGAAAAAUAACGAAGUGCUGUCUGAGGAGAUCACCGAACGUGAUGAAGGAGCUCUCAAAUAUCUCAAGGAUAUUAAGUGGUAUAGAAUAGAGGAACCCAAAGGAUUCAAGCUUGAGUUUUAUUUUGACACCAAUCCUUAUUUCAAGAAUACUUUGUUGACAAAGACAUAUCACAUGAUCGAUGAAGAUGAACCUAUUCUGGAGAAAGCUAUUGGGACGGAGAUUGAAUGGUAUCCAGGAAAAUGCUUAACACAAAAGCUCCUUAAAAAAAAGCCUAAGAAGGGAGCAAAGAAUGCCAAGCCAAUCACUAAAACGGAAGAUUGUGAAAGUUUCUUCAACUUCUUCAAUCCACCUCAAGUUCCUGAUGAUGAUGAAGAUAUUGAUGAAGAUACUGCUGAGGAGCUGCAAAAUCAAAUGGAACAGGAUUAUGACAUAGGGUCAACUAUUCGAGACAAGAUUAUUCCACAUGCUGCGUCAUGGUUUACAGGAGAAGCUAUUCAGGCAGAUGAGCUUGAGAUAGAAGAUGACGAUGAAGAUGAUGAUGUUGAUGAGGAUGAGGAUGAAGACGAUGAGGAGGAUGAGGAUGAUGAUGAUGAGGAUGAUGAGGAUGAUGAAGAAGAAAGUAAGACCAAAAAGAAGUCUUCAUCUGCACAAAAGAAGAGUGGAAGAGCACAAGGGGAAGGACAACAAGGUGAGAGGCCUCCAGAAUGCAAGCAGCAGUAGAUUCUAAUUGCUGCUGUGGCAGAUAUGUGGCGACCCUAGCAGGGUGGUCUAUAAAAUAUUGAUUUGGAAGAGAAAGGGAAGGGGGGUUUUGCAGUUUUGGUGGUUAUUUAUUUUUACAUUUUUCAUGUUAUACCAUGAAUGAUUGGCUUGGAGAAUCCUUCUUUUCCCUUUCUUUUUGGUCUGUUGGUUUGAUAGGACGUGGUCUGGUAGUCGAGAUGUGUUGAGAUUUUCUUUAUGUGAAUGUUUCCAGAAACAAUUGAGUAUAUGUCUGUCUUUAGUGUUCUUGUUGUGAUAGCUUGUUAUCAUUAAAAUCAAGUUAUGGCAAGUCUAAUUAUAGUUAUUUUUUAAUUUCUU